AUUCGUUUUAUACAUGUUACGUCAAGCCGACGUAAUUUGGCCAAAGUGUAUCCUGCUAAAAAAAAGAGGCCAUGAAACAGGAACAAGGAUCAUCAGCAUGAUGCAGCAAUUUAUCUUUUGAAAGGUGUAUUUAAGCCUUUAAAGCUCAACAUCAGCGUGAAACAACAAGAAACAGCCGUCUCCAAUCACAUCCAGCAUGCAGGGUCUUAAAUAGCGAUUGCGUUUCAUCAGGCCGAUCUUGAGACGUGAAUGCGGAAUAUCGGAGUUAAAUGUGCAUCUCUAUUAGUCGUAGGACUUAUACUGCGUAGCCUUGGAUCAAGCCUCUACAUCAUCCGUGUGGGGACCUGCCUAGCCUUGGAUUCAGCCUGCUCAACAUUGCUGUAAAGGCCUUGGAUUUAGCCGGCUCAACGAUUGUGAGGAUCCAUAUCUGGGAUUCAUCGUGUUCAAAAUGGAUUCGCCCCCUUUCAAUUUUAUUUGAGGACCUGCUUAGUCUUGGAUUCAGCUUGAUUUAACUUAAAUCUUUGAUGACCUGCUAGUCUUGGAUUCAUCCUGUUCAUCAUUUCUUCAAGGACCUGUUUCAUCUUGAUUUCUACCUGUUCAACUUCAAAGUUACACCUUUAUGUAGACUUUCAUCAUUACUAUUAAGUUCAUCCUACAGUGUAGUCUAGAAUUCAUUUGGAGAUUUUGCAACUGAACUUUAUAUCUUUCUGGAUAAAAUAUUUCUCCUAAAUAUGCAUCGUGACAACUUGGUAGUCUUCAUGUUGGACCUAAACUAGAACGAAUUCAUCUCAUCUGCAAUUGAUGCUACAAAGCUUUGAAAUCCCACCCCCUCAAAAGUAUAGGAAGGAAAAGAAGAAAAAAAGAGAGGAUAUACUGAACUUUGGCCAUAAGGCUUCAUCAUCUACAGAACAUCCAUCUCUUUACCAUUCGCACAUCUUUUAUUGUGUAUGGCAACAACUGAAAGUAUAUUCAACAUUCACCACACCAGACUCUUAUCGUUAACAACCGGUCAAUCAACACUAAUUUGAUAGAAUUUGUAACAGACUUUUAUUUUGUUGCGGCAAAGGAAGGUUGCCACAUCUGGACACCACCAUCUAACUCUAGUGGUCAAUCGGUCAAGUUCUCAGCACUCCAAAGUUACUGACUUCAAAUCGGCAAUCGACACCUCAAUAUCUUGACACCACCAUCUAGCUCUGGUGUUCAAUCAGCAAAGUUCCCAGCACUCCAAAGUUGACUGACUUCAAAUUGCCAAUUUACACCUCCACAUCUGGAUGCCACCAUUUAUCGCUGGUGGUCAAAUCAGUGAAGUUCUUAGCACUCCAAAUCGGCAAUCGACACCUGUUACUUACAUCUUGUUCCUGUCGUCAUUCAGCUCUGAGGAAGGCAUCAGCAGCCAGUCACUAUGGCUACUACGGGAGAUGACUGCUACUACUUCUACUACUCUAACUGUGCUAAGGGCCCGGCCUGUCCUUACCGUCAUGUUGAAGAAGCUCGAGGCAAUGAAGUGACCUGUAUCAACUGGAAGCAAGGCUUCUGCUACAGACCAAGCUGUGCCUACAGACACAUGGAGAUAACGAAGAAUCGUUCUGAGAUAGCCUGCUUCUGGGAGAGUCAACCGACAGGAUGUCAGAAACCCCACUGCCCAUUCAGACAUCUUAAGAGACAAACCACAGAAUCAGGACCGUCGGCCUCCACAUCCCUUAUCAACAGGAUACCAACCAUUGUUGGUCCAGUGACCAAGCCCCUCCCACCAGCGCUCAGUCCAGCCACCCCUGCAACCAGAAUGGUAGCACCCAGUGUCCAGGCUCCAGCCGUCCAGUCCCUGGAUGACCUGCCAGCCCUGCCAACGGUCAGUCCAGUCGUGUUCCAUCCGAUGGACAGUGAAGAUGACGAAAGCCUUGGUACGAUGAGUGUAGAUGGAAGCCCCAAUAAGAAAGUCAUCAUUUCCCCGCUCAGACCGUCGCUAGGUCAGGAGAAGAUCUCACCACGUCGACAGACCACAAUCAGACCUACCAUCAAAGCAAGACCCGUCAUGACUCAAGAAAAGCCUAGUUCGUUUGGCAUCAAGACUCUGGCUGAAAUACGCAGAGCGAAGAACUUAGAGAGAGGGCAUGUGGAAGAAGAGGAGGAGGAGGAUAUAGAGAUGGAAGAUGCAGAAGAUAUAGAACAAGAAGAAGAACAGAUGUUUCUUUCUUCGUCGAGGAGAAUAAUUGCUGUCAGUAACAACAGUUCUCGCAAAACAAAGAUAGAGGAGCAUUUGGUGAAACCUGUCAGUCAGAAAGUUGUGAGUCUUUCUCAGCGUGUCCAACAGCCUGGAGUGAGGAGUCUAGCCCAAUUACGAGAGGAUAGAUUCAAGAGGCUGGGAAGCAGGCCAGACCAAGAGGAUCAAGAGACAGUGGUUCCAAAAGUCGUGAAUGUCUCUCAGCGUGUCCAACAGUCUGGAGUGAGGAGUCUAGCCCAAUUACGAGAGGAUAGAUUCAAGAGGCUGGGAAGCAGGCCAGACCAAGAGGAUCAAGAGACAGGGGUUCCAAAGGUCGUGAAUGUCUCUCAGCGUGUCCAACAGCCUGGAGUGAGGAGUCUAGCCCAAUUACGAGAGGAUAGGUUUAAGAGGCUGGGAAGCAGUCUAGACCAAGAUGAAGAGACAGGGAACAUCGCUAAGCGGCUCAAGGUCUUGCGAAGAAACCCUGAAGCAGAGAAGGACCAGCUGGAGGAAGCCCCAAAGAAGACCUUGACACGAAGGGUUAUGAUGGGUGGAGGUGGAGAGAGGGUGCCAAGGAAAGAUCCAGAGACCUCGGCAGGACUGGACUCCAUCAAGAUCAAGACUGUCGCGGAAAUGAAGAUGGACCGACUGAAAGAUCGGCUGGGAAAGCGUGCCGAAAGCAACGACCGGGUCGAGGAUAAGGUUUCCUCCUCAAGUGGCCCUAGAGGGCGUCUGUCAGCCAGAUUGGGACAGGUUAUAAGAACUGGUGAAGACGUCAAAGACUCGAAGACUGCUGUCCAUGAAUCUUCUGCCAUCAAGAAGACAUCUUUAGCAAGUCGUUUGGGAAAGGUUUUCUCUGCUGUUGUAGCAGAUGCAGCUGGCGAUAGCUCUGUUGAUCCAGCCAAAAGGAAAGGACGGCUUACUGCUAGGUUAGGCAAGCCAUUGUCUGAGGCUGGUGAGGGAGAUAAUCCCAGAGUUGGGAUUAUGGUAAAAAGUUUGGCAGAUAUCAAGAGGGACAAACUCUUGAGGAGGCUCGGAAAUGCCGUCUCAGACUCGGAAAGUGAGGAUUGGGCUUCAGACAAGGAGAAGGAAUCAUCUUCACAAGAGCAGGAAGAGGAAGAUGAGGAGGAAGACGAGGAGGAGGAGGAGCUGAGUGAUAUUGAUAUCGAGAGUGAUGAGGAGAAGGCACCAGAAAAGAUUCAGAUCAAGACUCUUGCUGAGAUACGACAAGCGAAGCAAAGCCGCCUACCAGUCUCAUCCCAGUCUCGUGAGGCUCCAGACAGAGACAGUGUGCAAGGAGCUCAAAGAAAAGGAGUCCUGUCUGCUGCAGAGAGAAGGAAUAAGAGGAGAGGAGAAAUUGCUCUCUAUAAGCCACCAGGAGCUGCUAGUGCUAGAGGUACAAUAUGA